GUGCUUGUUUACGUGAUAGUGUUGACCAGGGGCAGGGGACGGAGGGACGGAACAGGCCAGCACUGAAACAAGGGCCGGAGGGGGAGAUGUAAUGAGUUAUUAUAUGCACCGCAGCAGCACAGCAUCUAAAAAGAGAAGAGGCUGUUCAGCGCUGCAUGCUCACUGCUGCAUGUGGGUGAUAACAUUCGCUGAAGCCUAACCUAUUUGACAGGGAGAACAUAUCCAGACAUGGCUACAGUGCGAGAACAUCUACAUGACACAACAGAGAAAAGUCUUUAAAUUCUCUAUGGUUUCUGACUCUGGAUUGUGCCAAGGUCACUGCUGUGAAGGAGUGAAUCUCAAGGCUGAAAAUCACCAGGCACAAACUACAAAGAGAUACACUCAGAUGGGGGUGACAGAGGAUCCACAGUUGAAUUAUAAACAUCACCAUGAGGCAUUGUGGGGUUGCGUUAUGCAAUCACCAGCAUACAGAUUAUCCAGUCAAGUGACAUGGUUGGCCAGAGGGAGGCGCGGUGCAGCCUCCGUCCUUCAUUUGAAUAUAACAAUUAAUGGGGAAGUUUGCCUAAACCCUUGUAAAGCACAGUGGACAGAGCAGACCGUCAACAACCAAAGCUGAGCAUGACCAAGCAUUUUUAUGUACUCUUGGAGAAGUCACUGCAUGUGCUCCAACUUCAUCACUGAGCUGAGACAAAUCUUCAAUACAGGAGUUAAUAUUGCUUGCCAUCUAAAAAGGUCGCUGCACAGUGUGUCACACAAGAUUUACAGCGCUGCCUGCAUAGGCAUUCUACAAGGUUCGUUGGGAGACUAACACCCCCUCCAGCACCACACUGUGCGUAUCCUACUUGGCGCUCUGAACCUGAUCAUCAGUGGAAGUGCUCCCGAGCUGCAGCAGCCCAACUGUGACAUCCUUCCACUAUUCAGAGUGCGCUCAGGCUGGCUGGCUGCUGCACAGGCACCAUGGAGCAGAAAUCACCUAAGGACGAGAGCACCGCCAAAGGACAAGAGUCUCUGUCCUACCAGCGCAGGAUGUGGAAGAAUUUCCAGGAGAAAACCAAGCCUUGGCUCAGUCCUAAACUGGGAUCGGAGCGUCGGGCAACCGGGGGCGCGGAGGGCAGCAAAAAGGAAUCGGGGUUAUGGAUGUUCAAGAGGAAAAAGAAACAGUUGGACCGGGUGUUUUCGUCGUCUCAGCCGAAUCUGUGCUGCUCUCCGCCGGCGCCUUUUGAAGGAGAUAAGAAGUCCCAUGGAAGCGACGCGGUCCCCGGCACCAGCAGCGGCGGGCAGCCCCUACAUCACCUUGGCGCAGCUUCUGGAGCCACGGGCAGCAAACCCGAGCUGACGGCGCACGGCAGCCCCAAACUGCCCGUAUCCCAGCUCAUCAUGUACCAGCAGAAGAGCUCCUCUCUCGGCUCGGCGUGUUUCGAGAAACUGGUGGUGGACCCGGCCGCGAGGGUGGGAGAGGAGGAGCAGCUGCGUAAAAACGCAAGUGAUUCUGUGAGUAAAGACGCAUGUGGUAAAACACGCAUCUAUCAGUUAUCCUAAUGCUAUUUGCAAAAAAUUUUUUUAAAAAAUUGUAAGGCUGCAAUUUUCCUGUAAAAUAAAUGAAGGAGACACGUUUCG